AUGGGUCACGGCAGGACGCUCGAGUACCCGAAGACGCCGGUGAACAGGGUCAACCGGUAUAAUCAGCGAGCAACGUACGACCUCGAGCAAAUCCACUCCAUCAUCAACACCAGCACGGUCGUCCACGUCUCGUUCAACACGCCCGACCCGUCGAAUCCGUUCCCGGUCACGCUGCCCAUGGUCGGCGUAGCGGCGAGCUUCGAGCACCCGUCGGCGUCGCUGGGCGAGCCACUCGACAUCUACCUGCACGGGUACGUCAGUUCGCGGCUGAUGAACCUGUCGCGCAACGCCGGCCACACCGACGCGCCCGACUCGGCUUCCGAUCGCGGUAGUGGCGUUGGCGGAGGAGGUACCGCACAAGGCCUGCCCGUGACGGUGUCGGCCACGCUGGUCGACGGGCUCGUCUUGACGCUCACGCCAAACACGCACGACGUCAACUACCGAUCCGCCACCUUGUUCGGCUACGCCAGCCUGGUGACGUCGCUGGAGGAGAAGCUCUGGGCCAUGGAACAGGUCACGAACUCGGUGGUGCGCGACCGCUGGCGCCACACGCGCGUGCCGCCCGACGGCGCGGAGAUGCAGAGCACCAGCAUCCUGAGGGUCAAGGUCGUCGGGGGCAGCGGCAAGGUGCGGGUCGGCGGCCCGCGCGACGAGCUCAAGGACCUGAAGAGGGACGAUAUCCGGGACAAAGUGUGGACCGGCGUGAUUCCCGUGUGGGAGUGUUUCGGCGAGCCGGUGGAAUACAAGGGCGUGGUGCAAGGCGACGAAAAGGGAAACCGGGUGGACAGUGUCCCCGAGCACGUUAAGGAGUUUGCGAAGGAGAUGAGCAAGCAGAACGAGAAGUAUGCGUUGGCGGCGGUGGUGGAUACGAGCCAGGAUUGA